CAAACAUAACCCCCAAGAGAAGAAAGAAACCAAAAUGCCCACCCUAAAAUCCCAUACCCCAAAAUCAACUCCCCACAACCACACCUACAGCUACACCCACCACCACCCCUCACCAUCACCCUCACACUCACCUCCCAGACCAACCAUCCUCCUCCUCCACGGCUUCCCCUCCACAAGCUACGACUGGCGCCACCAAAUCCCCCACCUAACUACCCUCGGCUACGGCAUCCUUGCCCCCGACCUCCUAGGCUACGGCCUAACCUCCAAACCCACCAAUCUAAACGCUUACAAAACCAAAUCUAUGGCCGCAGAAAUAAUCUCCCUCCUCGACGCUGAGGGGCUCGAGAAAGUCCACGCCGUUGCCCACGAUACAGGCUGCACGCUGCUGUCCCGAAUGGCGGAUUAUUUUCCAGAAAGGUUACUUUCCUGUGCGUUUCUGGAUGUGCCGUACGCAUUGCCGGGGGUGAGGUUUGAUUUGGGGGUUGUGAAUGAGAUGACGAAGGCUGUGUUGGGGUUUGAGAGGUUUGGGUAUGUGGGAUUUUUGGCGGGAAAGGGGACGGGGGAGGUGUUGGAUCGAUAUGCCGAUUCGUUCUUCUCGCUAUUUUAUCCCCGGGACCCCGAGUUAUGGGUUGAGCAUGUUGGGCCGACGGGGGCGAUGGAGAGGUGGCUUUUGGAGAAUCGACGGGGCGGGUUGGCGGAGUAUAUUACUGAGGAGGAACGCGCAAUGCACCAGAAGCUCAUGGUGGGUCAUCACGAUUCAGCGCUAAAUUGGUACCGGGCUCUGGUCGAGAAUAUCAAUGUUGAGGACGAGGUAGAGGCGCAGAUUGAGCCGGUGCUUUCUAUGCCUGUUCUUAUGCUUUGUGCGCGGCCGUCAAAGCUGGAGUUACCGGGGUUGGAGGAGGGGAUGAGGCGGGUUGCGAAGAAUCUGGUGGUGAGACGGGUUUCAACGGCGGGGCAUUGGAUACAGCUUGAGGCGAGGGAGGAGGUGAAUGGGAUUUUAGGGGAGUUUUUUGAGGGUGUUGAGAGUUGAAUUUUGUUGUAUUACUUGGAUAUGUGGUAAUAUGUGGUAGGUGUUAGGGUUGGUUGUAUGGCUAUAGGAAUUGAUGGUAG